UGUACAAGUGAUGGCUAACAUGGGCGGACUUAGUGAACAAUCUGAGGAGGACGAAGAGAAAGAGUUGAGACAAGCUUUUACUGUUUUUGACAAAUCUGGGUGUGGCUACAUAUGUGCUUCGGAUAUCCGAGCAAUUCUACAAUGUCUAGGGGAAGAUCUGACAGAAGAAGAAAUCGAUGAAAUGAUUGCCGAGGUGGACAUUGACGGUGACGGCAGAAUAGAUUAUGACGAGUUUAUAGCGUGUGUUUGCUCCGACACAAGUGCUGACAAAGAGGACGGCAAGGUGGAAUCUCCGCGACCGAGUCCCAAAGUGGGCAAGUCCGAACCGGACACGACGCGUCCGCAACCACAGGUUGUAGUUAAUAGGAAUGCAGAUCCAAGCACCUCGAAAGCACAAGAUGGUCCUGAAUAGGUUCGGUGUACAGCAAACAUAAAUUAUGGACACAUAUAUAGCUUUUUCUUAACGUUUUUUUUCCUGUUUAUUCUAUGUCUCUAUAACGCUUAGAAAUGAGACACAUAAAUGCAAACCUGCAAAUUUCCAACAAAAUAUAUUCUUAUUGAAUACAAUCGGGCAUGCAGUGUACUGUAUUAAAUAUUCAAAUUAUAUUUGUAUUUAAAACCCUCUAUGAAAGAACCGCAAAAAAGGAAAUGUCGGAUGAUUUGACAACAAUCACUCACGUAAACGUUUACAGUUUCGAAAAAACAUAGUCUAAAUACCGAGAUGAAACAUUCUUCUGCUUCUGUUGUUGUGUUUCAUACCUUUAACUGUUGUAAUAAAAAGUUUUGUUUAUAUCAAAA